AUGAAAUUAGCACUCUCCGACGAGUAUGAGCCUUACCUGCACGCGAUAGUGGCUGAAAGCAUCCCGAGUUUCUUCUCAUCGCUCGAGGAAGCGCAAGUGCAUCUUGAUGGCUUAGAAUCUGCCGUUUUCGACCUCUUCUAUGAGCUUGAUCGGUGUUACGGCCGGCCGCAAGUAGAUCUUACCUGGGACACAUCAGUAAUGAGUCGUGAAGAGCUAUUUUGCCUCUCCAGUGCAACUUCGCGCUUCCUGCCGUCAGAGCUCCAUCCAGAGCUGACCGAGCGCAUGGAAGUCGCGAAGAGCGAGCUGGCAGCUUGGUGUAGGGCGCUUGCAAUGCUAGCUUAUCGAAGCGAAAAUGCAGCUUCCCGGCUGAUGUUAAAGAUCAAGUACCUCGACCUCUGGAUCGAAGCUUGUAGAUGGAAGGACGAGACCGAAGUGAUGGGGGAUCGUUUCGACAAGGAAUACGAGCAUUUACUCGAACUUUCGGAACAGUAUGUUGGUCUUCAUCUCGAUAUCGACGUGCAAGCCGGUGCGACCGAAACGACAAGACCAGGCUUCUGCGUUGGCACAGCGCUCGUAGGAAAUCUUGCCGGCAUCGCCUGGUACUGUCGCAAUCCCAGAAUCCGCAGGCGGUGUAUAACAUUGAUUCGCAAGAUUAACUUGCGAGGCGUCGCCGACAGUGAAUACCUCGCUGCCGUGUCAGAAAAGGUGAUGGAACUGGAAGAGGCUCGAGGGAGGCUGGCUUCUGGUAAAGGUCCAGACGACGAGCUUGUGUCAAGCGAUAUACCCGAAGAGGCCCGUAUGAUCGAGGAUGAUAUGUGCCCGCAUCAAGGUCGCGAAGAAUUCUGGAAGGCGGACGAGGGACGCAUAGUAUAUGUGACCUCCGCGGGUCGUGCAGGCUCUCAGCUAUGUCUCCAUCAAGCAAUCUUUGCUGUGCACCGGAAGCCAUGA